AUUUAGCACUACGAGUAAAAAUUAAAAAUAAAUAAAUAACGAAAUGAGAUUGCAAUGUGUAUCGCUUUAAGAUUUCACAUUUUAAGGGGAUUGUUUUAUUUCUCUUUCUCCCGUUUUGCCUCUGCCUGACCUGAAGCGUUGUGGCGGUUUCAAAGUGUUCAAAGUUGUUAUUGUGUCAAUUGUGGUUCAGUGAAACCAGGUUUGGUUGGUUGGUGUCGAGAAGGAUUCUUCUGUGAGUGAUCUGUGAUCUCCAUAGUUAGGAGAGUUUGCCUUCUCAUCAUGUCUGAUUGUAGUCCCCAUCAAUAUCUUUAUGAAAACCUGAUUGUUCUGAAUGAAUUGAAGCCAGGAGGUUCAGAUUUUGUGAAGUGCAUCAAAGAUGACAUGUUUACUAAACCUAAUCGUACAGCAUUUGAUCAAGUUUUAUUUUAUCUGUGUAAUGCAUAUGAUUCUGUCCGAUACAUGCCAAAAGUUCCAUGGCCUAUCUUGGAUCGAAGUCAGGAGCGCACAUUCAGACAGAACACUGUUGCAUUUGUCAAGGAGAUUAUAAAAGAAGUACCUCAAGCGAGAAUUCCUCAGUUUUCGCCAUCAUUUUUGUCUACACCAGGAGGAGAAAGGCUUGCUAAGUUCAUGUGGAAACUUUCUCUGCUUGUAUUGAAGACAGUUGUUGAACGAGAAAGUGACUUUGUUGGGAUUUUACAUUAUCCGACUGCUCCUGCAGUGGUUCCUUUAGUGGAAAGUAUGACAGAAUCUAUUCUUCUCGAAAUAGGAAAGGAAUCAAAUGAUCUUUGCCAACUUCUUAUUGAUUCUUCCAAAUAUGCAAAGAAACUCAACAAUGAAAUUUUAAACCAGUCAAUCGAGAAAAAUAGAUUGAAAAAUGAACUCUCCGAAAUGAUACAGGGCAUGGAGCGAUGUCCUCUAUCUGAAAUGGAUAAAUCUUUGAUACUUAAUAGUGGCCGUGAGGAAUUCAUGUCCAUCAUAGCAAAGUGGCAACAUCUUUUAAAUAAGGAGGCAGAAGAAGCAAAGUCUAUGUUGAAAGCACUGCAAGCCCAGAGUACCGCUGUAAAGGAUUGCUACGAAAGUGUUCAAGUAUUUGUGAACAGCAAAACUAUGCCUGUUGUAUUGGAUGCAAGUAACUUCCCAGCAAACCUUAAGGACAAUAAUGGUUAUGUUGAUCUUGCUCAUCUCAUAACUGAAGGAGCAAAGUCUGCCACAAAUAUCUUGAAGUCUCUUUCCAUGUUUGGUGGCUUCCAGUGCUAUGAGCUGGUGCAACCAGAACUUAAAAGUAUUAGGGAGAAGUUCCAGGAAGCUGAAACAUCUUUUGCUGAAACCAAAGCAGGCUUCAUCGAACUCCUUUCUGCAUCCCUUGAGACUAUGAGAUCUCCAAAGAAAAUAAAUGGUGGCCUAGAGUCUCCUCUAUUGAAGGGAGGAUUACAGAUUGGCAAUGAGAUGCUACAAGAUGCUCAAACAAAUACUCCUCCAUUAGUUUUCGAUGUUCAUUGUGACAUAUCUUCACGCAUCUGCACUGAAAGUUCACCUGUUGAUGGGGUUGUUGGUAGAAUGAGACCUUUUUCACGUGUAAAACCAAAUAUUGAAACUAGCUCUACUCCUAAAGCAUCUCUAUCAAACUCUACCUCAGGACUCUCUGUCAGGAACCUCUCUGGUAAAGUACCUCACAUCAAGUCCUUAUCUCAGAAUGGUCCUAAAACUUUAAAAAGUAGCCCAAAGCUUUCAUUUUAUGAGCCAUUGUCUACUGUUGCGGAAACACCAGCCAAUUUCUGUUCCAAACAAUUUGCUACAAGCACAGCAUACAAACCAAGUACACUAGCGCCGUUGAGCUAUAAAGCAAAGCUUGCUCUUGCUAAACCCAAAGUUAGCACAAAUGGUUUUGAUAAGAAAUGUAGUCUCAAAACUUUAAAGGGAUGUUCUACCUCAAAAAGCCAUGCUCUUGGCACUGAACUCCAUCAGGCUGCCAAUUGUAACGUUGUAUCAAAAGUUAUUCCAUCUUCCAAUGGGGACAAUGAAGCUAAAAGUCCUUUAUUAUUUAAAGAUAAAGCUGAAGAAAAAUUGACAAAAAUUCCUAUUUCAAAUGAGGGGUCUUUCAAAAAGUUGAAGCCUCAGUACAGUCUUGAAAAAGCUACUUUAACUCAAGCAGACAAAGAAGUAAUACACUCUCGAUCAUCUGUUGGUGCUAAAGAAGAAAAUUCUGUAUUAACUGCCAAUUUAAGAUCAUCUUCAAUCUUGCAGACAUCACAGGAAGUGAUUUCAUCUGUAUUGUCCUCUCCACUGCAUAAGACACCUCAAAGAAGCCAACAUGCUAGUAUGAGGCAAAGUUGUACUAACAACGAUGUCCCAAAGAUAAUGGUUAAUGCUGUUGGUGAUUCUUUCGUGGAGACUUUUGAUUCACCUCAGUCAUCAUCCUUUGGAGUACUUUCUCCACCUUCAGCUGAUAAUAGUUUCUUUUCUACUGACAUGCAAUCUGAAAUCAUGGUUGACGCUCCACCUAAGUUUGAUCUAGAUGACUUUGGGGAUGAUAUAUCACCCUCUGGUAGAGUUAGUUUGUGUCCUCCAGAUGUUCAGGAAAGUGAAAUUGUUACGGAGAUAGCGGCUCCAGCAAAAGAAAAUUCACGGAGGCAAUCACUUCAAGCAAUAAUUCAUAGGUAUAGAGAACUGGUUGCUUCUUCAAAGCAACAUGAAGUUAAGGUGGCCCUUCCAUCCAGUCCAGAAAUAGAUCCUUCCCCUGAAGACGUCCCUAUGGAUUUAGAAAUAAGUUUUGGAGAUAUAGAAUUAAACUAAGAAUA